GGCUGCCCGCACGUGGAGCCGAGGGGACUCAAGAGCGCCGCGGCCGCCGCUCACUCCCCCCGUGACGGGCGUCCCGGCGGCACAGGGCAGCGCCGCGGGGGCGUCCGCGCCGCCGCAGCCCGCCACGGCCCCACGGCCCCGCCGCCGCCAUGAGCGGCCCCUACCCGGAGGAGAGCUGCGCUGAGCGCCCCGAGUGCAAAAGUAAAUCGCCAACUUUGCUGUCCUCUUACUGCAUCGACAGCAUCCUGGGCCGGCGCAGCCCCUGCAAGGUGCGGCUGCUCGGCGCCGCGCCCAGCCUGCCCGCCAUCGCCGCCCGCCCCGACACCGACAAGGCCGCGCAAGGGUCGCCCAAGGGCAGCUCCCCCUUCGAGCCGGCCGAGCUGCACCUUCCCCCGAAACUGCGCCGGCUUUACGGGCCGGGCGGGGGCCGGCUGCUGCCGCCGGGGGCGACGGGGCCGCGGGGGGACCGCCCGGAGGGGGGCGCCGGCCCCGUGCCCACGGCCGCCCCGUGGGACACGCUGAAGAUCAGCCAGGCGCCCCAGGUCAGCAUCAGCCGCAGCAAGAGCUACCGCGAAAACGCGCCCUUCGUGGCACCGCCGCCUGCCCGGGACGAGCUGGGCAGCCCCGCCGCGCAUGUCGAGGAGCGGCCGGGCCCCGCCGCGCCGACCGCCGAGGAGGAGGAGGAGGAGGAGGACGAAGAGAUGCUGGAGGAGGAGGACGAGGAGGAAGAGGAGCUGGAGGACGACGAGGAGGAGGAGCUGCUGGGCGAGGACGGCGGGGGGCUGCUGAAGGAGGCCCACCGGGGCGCCGCCGCGGCACCCGGGGCGGAGGGCGGGGAUCUGUCCCCCAAGGAGGAGCUGCUGCUGCACCCCGAGGACGGCGAGGGCAAGGACGGCGAGGAAAGCGUCUGCCUCUCGGCCGGCAGCGAUUCCGAGGAGGGGCUGCUCAAGAGGAAGCAGCGCCGCUACCGCACCACCUUCACCAGCUACCAGCUGGAGGAGCUGGAGAGGGCCUUCCAGAAAACCCACUACCCCGACGUCUUCACCAGGGAGGAGCUGGCCAUGAGGCUCGAUCUGACCGAAGCCCGAGUGCAGGUAUGGUUCCAGAACCGUAGGGCUAAGUGGCGGAAGAGGGAAAAGGCUGGGGCUCAGACACACCCCCCAGGUUUGCCUUUCCCUGGUCCCCUGUCAGCAACUCACCCCCUCAGUCCAUACCUUGAUGCUAGUCCUUUCCCUCCUCAUCACCCAGCUCUAGACUCCGCCUGGACCGCCGCCGCCGCCGCCGCCGCGGCCGCCGCCUUCCCCAGCCUGCCGCCGCCGCCCCCCGGCUCCGCGGCGCUGCCCCCCGCCGGGACCCCGCUCGGCCUCGGCACCUUCCUGGGCGCCGCCGUGUUCCGCCACCCCGCCUUCAUCAGCCCCGCCUUCGGCAGGCUGUUUUCCACCGUGGCCCCCCUGGGCAGCGCCUCCAGCGCCGCGGCCCUGCUGCGGCAGCCGGCGCCGGCCGCCGAGGGCGCGGUGGGGCCGGCGGGGCUGGGGGAGGCGGCCAGCGCUGCCGCGGACCGGCGGGCCUCCAGCAUCGCCGCCCUGCGGCUGAAGGCCAAGGAGCACGCCGCCCAGCUCACCCAGCUCAACAUCCUCCCCGGGAGCAGCACGGGGAAAGAGGUGUGCUAAGGCACGGGUGCGCCGCCCCCGGGCUUCGGGCUGGGUCGGUGGGGUUUGGUUUUUUUUUUUUUUUUGGGGGGGGGAGUUGUGUUUUUUGGGUUUGUUUUUUUUUUUUUUGUAGAGGGGAGUGGGAGAGGAAGGAGGGGAGUGAAUACGCCAAUAAAGAAAGGUCACCUUCCGACAGCACGAAUCAAGACCAAACGGGGAGGGCGGGGGAGGGGAAAUAAGGAUGAUUAAAAAAGAAAAAAAAAUAAAAAUUUAAAAAAAAAAAAAAAAAAAAAAAAAGGAGGACCAGCAGCUGAGACUGGGGUAGGUUCUCCAGUUAGGACAGUGAGCGCCUUGUGCAGUGUGCAGCAGCCCUCACACGAGUGAGCCGACACUUGCAAGCGCCUGAAUAAGUAACUCCUGGGCUGGUACAUUUCUUAAACGUACAACGUGUUCAUUUCCUCUCCGAACAUUAAGGGGAAAAAAAAAAAAAAAGGCAAAAAAAAAAAAGCAAAAAAAAAAAAAGCCCUAAUAAAAGUUGUUAUAUAUUAGCGUUACGUACACUAAAUAUUUUUCCUUCUGUUUAUCUGGCAAGAAAAAAAAUAAGAAACAACUAGAAUUGUAAUUAAGAAAGAAAAAAAAAUAAAAAAAAAAAAAAAAAGAAAAAGGGAGGGGGAAAAGCUACCCACAUCUUCUUAAAAUAACAUCUUAGGAUGUUAACUUGGUCUGUUAGGAGCACUGGAGAACUGUUUUCCACGCCGAUGCAGCGAGCUGCAUGCGCUAACCAAGGAUGCUGCCAGUGCAGACUGAACGUCAAUUUGAUGCUGUAAGAUAACCAGUGCACUUAAGGGAAAGGGUAUAUCUUUUUCUUGUUAUAUUCUUUAUCACUACACCAACCAAGGUUUUUAUAUCAAACCAAAGGGAAAUACACUGCUAGAAUAUGGACUGUUUAAGUCACUAAACUGUGAUUAUUGAUUCUGUACAUACCAUUGUUAUAAAAAAGAACAGAGCUUUGUAUAUUUGAAAUGUUAUAAAACAAUUGCACUCAGUGUAGUGUUGUAAAAGUUUGUCAUUCUGUAGAUUCUUACUGUGUUGUAGAUAUAAUAGGGUUCCUAGACAAAUAUUUAUGUACAAACCCUUUAUUUAACUUAUUAACUGUAGAGGUUUCUGAAACCCUCAAGAGGCGAUGGUACAGUA